AUGUCCGGACUCCAGUUUGGAUUGAACAUCAAGAAGAAAGGAACUAUCCUUGCUAAACCAAAACCUGCUGCAAUCAACAAAACUCUUCGUCCCUAUGCUACUGCCACGCUUCAGUCAACAGCUGUAAUUGAACAGCAAAACGCAGCGCUAGCUGAGGAUGCGACUGUGUUUGACUAUGAUGGCGUCUAUGAUCAACUCAAGGCUGGUGAGCGUGCACGAGAGCUCGCUCGCAAAAAAGAUUCUGCAGAACGAAAACCCAAAUAUGUUGCUGCACUGCUACAAGCGGCCGAGACUCGCAAACGGGAUCGACAAAUCGCAGAAGAGAAACGAUUGGAACAUGGACAGAUUGUUGACAAACGUGAGUUGCUUAAAGGUGGGCUCAACAUUAUCAAGAAAAGUCAGCCCUCAGCUUCACAAAACGACUUACGUCUCAACAAACCCUCUUCAAGCUAUGACCGUGAUCGUGCAUAUGCUGCCUACAAAGACGCUAAAUAUGGCUCAUCAUCAUUCUCAACUUAA